AUGGAUACCAAGUAUGAAAACAAAGCUGAAAGUUUGGAACAUAGCGUUGACAGUAAAGAGUCGCAAGCUGAACCAUCAUUAGAAAAGAAUUUUGGGUGGUGGUCACUUUUCGCUGUCAGUUUCUCAUUGACUUGUUCUUGGGUAGGAGUCUCGGCUUCUUUCGGUACAAGUAUUGGUUCAGGUGGUGCAAUCAUUAUUAUUUAUGGUUUGAUAAUUGCAGGCUUCUUCAGUUUAUGUGUUGCUGUUACUUUGGGGGAAUUGAUUUCCGCUUACACAAACCCUGCCGGUCAGUAUUACUGGACGCUCCAGUUGGCACCUGAACGGUACAGAAAAAUACUUGCGUUCAUCACCGCUUUGUUCAGUUACUUUGGAUGCGUUUUCACCUGUGCGUCGGUCAGUUCUUCCCUCGCAAACUCAAUUCUUUCUCUGUACGUGCUCAACAACCCAUCAUUUGAAAUCAAAAGAUGGCACUCAUUUGUUACCUUUGAAGCGAUAAACUUGGCACUUUCAGUUUUUAAUAUUUGGGGUAGGUACUUGCCGCAUAUCGUUACAUCUGGCCUUUGGAUCUCACUUAUUGGAUUUGUGGUGACUAUGAUAACUUGCCUUGCAUGUUCAUCGGGAAGAUACAAUCUGGGAAAUUUUGUAUUUAGCGAUUAUACCAAUAUCACUGGAUGGAAUAAUAAGGCAUUAUCCUUUAUAAUUGGCUUGAUUAGUCCUAUUUGGUGUUUUGCUGGUUUGGACUCCGCAGUCCAUAUGGUAGAUGACUUGGGCGUAAAGGCAGGAAAAGUGCUUAUUCCUCGAGCUGUUAUAUGUACCGUUGCUUUGGGUUUCCUUACUGCAUUUGCCUAUUCUGUGGCUAUUUUCUUCUGUGCCACUGAUGUGUCCGAGGUUGUCGAGUCCACCUUGCCCCUUUUGACUAUUUUCUAUCAAUCAACUAAAAAUAAAAGUGCUGCUAUCUUCCUCGAAGUCCUCACUAUUUUGACUGGUAUCGUUUGUAAUAUCUCGGCUCACGCCUGGCAGGCAAGAGUUUGUUGGACAUUGGCCGGAUCAGAAGCACUUCCUGGUUCCAAAUAUUUAAAGCAAAUCCAUCCUCGUACUAAGCUUCCUGUGAAUGCCCAUUUCUUUUCGACCUUUUUAGUUGCUAUCAUCGGAUGUAUUUAUGUGGGUUCUACCACCGCCUUCAACGCCAUUAUCACUGCAUGUAUCUGUCUUUUGUUGAUAUCCUAUUCUAUUCCUGCUAUACUUCUUUUGAGAGUAAGAAACAAAGGUUUUGCUCAUGGCCCAUUCUGGUGUGGCAAACUUGGGUAUAUCACCAAUAUUUUGACUAUCUUGUGGACCAUAUUCUGUUUGGUCUUUCUUUCGUUCCCUUAUGUGAGACCAGUUACAAAUACCAACAUGAAUUAUGUAUCUGCAGUUUAUGGGGGCGUUAUUUUAGCAGUGAUUAUUUGCUGGUUUCUGUAUGGAAAAGCUAAGUUCAUUGCCAAUAAGACUGAAUAA